AUGAUUAGAACUAGAGGUCUUGGUCGUGCUUUAGGCCGAGCAAUAGGAAAAGCCCUGGGGAGGAGAGACGCGAGUGACUAUGAUGCCCCUAGCGGCGAAGGCCUACUACAUCUGCCCGAACGUCCUGAGCUGAAGCUAUCUUCCCAUGGAAGGAAGAUGGCUAAGUUCGGGAGGCCUGCUACAGAGAUUGAAGGCCUUGAAACUAGUAGUUUCCAUUUGCCCGUUGGAGAGGUGACUAUCACCUUGGAUGACGUCGCGUCAUUACUACAUGUGCCUAUUGUAGGAGUGUUCCACAACUUCGAGCAACUUCAUGUCAACGACGUUGUUGACAUGUUGGUAGAAUUACUCAAGGUCAGUGUUGCAGAGGCGAGAGCUGAGACGAUUCAGUGUCAUGGCUCUUAUGUUCGACUAUCAUGGCUACGAGACGUGUAUCAUAUGAAGAUCGAGGCAUGUCACAGGAUUGUAGCAGUGCAAGCGUAUUUGUUGCAUCUUUUUGGAUGCACACUCUUUGCUAAAAAGAGUGUCACACACAUGCAAGUGGUAUUCUUGGAUGCACUACGUGACUUGACGCAGAGUGGGACUUACGCUUGGGCCGCUGCUGCAGUACUUGUGCACAUGUAUGAUAAUUUAAAUGAGGCAUCGAAGAGCACGACGAGGCAGCUUGCAGGAUAUAUCACUCUAUUAUAG